AUGUCACAGUAUAAUCAAGGACAGUAUGGAAGACCUCCACCAAAUAGUCAACAAAGUUACUCAUCUCCACCACCUAACACUUAUGGUCAACAACAAGUUUAUGGAGGGGGGCAACAACAACAAUAUCAUCCUCCACCUCAAAGUCAAUCUAGUGUUCCUCCACCAGGAGCAGAUCCUCAACUCUUUUUUUGGUUUAAAGCAGUUGAUACUGAUGGUAGUGGUUCUUUGACCACCGAAGAAUUACAGAAAGCUUUAAUCAAUGGACAGUAUGGAAGACCUCCACCAAAUAGUCAACAAAGUUACUCAUCUCCACCACCUAACACUUAUGGUCAACAACAAGUUUAUGGAGGGGGGCAACAACAACAAUAUCAUCCUCCACCUCAAAGUCAAUCUAGUGUUCCUCCACCAGGAGCAGAUCCUCAACUCUUUUUUUGGUUUAAAGCAGUUGAUACUGAUGGUAGUGGUUCUUUGACCACCGAAGAAUUACAGAAAGCUUUAAUCAAUGAUUGGAAGAAAUGUUUUCAAAGAUUUGAUACCGAUGGUUCCGGUACUAUCAAUUUUACCGAAUUGAAAACUGCCUUGAAAACCUUUGGAUAUAAUUUGAGUGAUCAAUUCAUUAGCCUCUUGAUAAAGAAAUAUGACAAACGUGCUGGCACAACAGGAAAGGGAGAUGUAACUUUUGACAAUUUCGUGCAAUCUUGCGUUACCAUCAAGACACUUACGGACUCUUUUCGACGUUUCGAUACUGAUAAUGACGGUUGGAUAAUGAUUAGUUAUGAACAGUUUUUGGAAUUGGUGGUGAAUAAUCGUUAA